CUCUCUAUCUCUCUCUCUAUAUCUCUCUCUCUCUAUAUAUAUAUGUGCUACUAGGACACAAAGACUCAUGCAAAGAAAGACUUCCCAAAAGCAACAUAUAAAACAAUCUGCUUCACCUAGAAUUGCAAUCAGUUUUUAGCUCACCACCAUGUAUAAUAAAAACAGUGGCAAGAUGGACUUACUGUGGGAGGAGAACGGCGGCGCGGCCGGAGAAAUUCAGCUGCCAGAAAGCCCGAGAGGGCCGAUGGAAUUUUUGGCAAGAUCAUGGAGUGCUGCAGCACUUCAAAUGUCCAAAGCAGUGGCACCAGCAGAAAAUCCUCCUGCAAAACCUAAAGCCACCACAAUACCUGAAAAUGCUGCAGCAGGUGAAGAUGAGGAUGACUCUGCAAAGCUUUCUGGAAAUGCAUUCACCUUUGCUUCUUCUGCUACAUCUCAGCUGAUCCUUGAAAGGAUCAUGUCUCAAUCUGAAAUUUCACCUCUGACAUCAGGGAGGCUUUCUCACAGCAGUGGCCCUCUGAACGGCUGUCUUCCUGAAGAAUCUGAAAGCCCUCCAAUCUCUCCUUCUCAGGAGUAUGAAGAUGUUGUUAAGUAUCUACAAGCAAACAAUCCUCUGCAACCCCUGCUUACCGGGACGCCCCGGGGUGGAGGCGCGGGCACACCAAGUGGCAAAACUGUCGGAAAGUGGUUAAAAGAGAGAAGGGAGAAGAAGAAAGAAGAAACGAGAGCACAGAAUGCACAGAUCCAUGCGGCUGUUUCAGUCGCAGGAGUGGCUGCAGCCAUUGCUGCAAUAGCAGCUGCAACGGCUGCGGCGUCUGCAAAGGGAAACGAUGAACAUGCAGCCAAGACAGAUAUGGCCGUGGCUUCGGCAGCCACACUGGUGGCUGCGCAGUGUGUCGAGGCUGCCGAGUCUAUGGGAGCUGAUCGCGAGCAUCUCAUGUCUGCAAUCAGCUCAGCAGUCAAUGUUCGAUCGCAUAGUGAUAUAUCCACACUUACUGCUGCUGCAGCCACAGCUCUACGAGGCGUUGCAACAUUGAAGGCCCGAACACUUAAAGAAGUGUGGAAUGUUGCAGCAGCUAUCCCUAUAGAAAGGGGGCUUAGUUUAGGCACAGGAAAUAACUACGGCAGUAACAAUUCUAGCAGUUACUGUGAGGAAUUAGUUCCUGAAGAGAACUUUCUUGCUGCCUGCAAUCAAGAGAUGCUUUCUCGUGGCAACGAACUUCUUAAAAGAACUCGUACAGGGGAACUACACUGGAAGAUAGUAUCUGUUUAUAUUCAUCGAAGUGGAAAUGUAAUGCUAAAGAUGAAGAGCAAGCAUGCAGCAAAUACCAUAACCAAGAAGAAGAAAAAUGUGGUAUCACAAGUUUGCAAAGACAUACCAGCCUGGCCUGGAAGACAUCUGCUGGAGGAUGGUGAGCAGAGACGGUAUUUUGGGCUCAAGACAGAAGAUCGUGGAGUUGUGGAAUUUGAGUGCAAAAACACGAAAGAGUAUGACAUGUGGACGCAGGGAGUUUCAAGGCUUCUCUCCAUUGUAUCUGAAAGGAAGAAAAGAUAUCGCAAAUAGCUAAGCUAAAGCAACUUAACCUGUUAAGAGAAACCAAUGUAAACCAAGUUAUUAUCUUCUCUGUCAAUUUCAUCGAAAUGCCUUCUUGUUUCA